AUGGAUCAUUUCCUAAAUGAGUUUAGUCUAGAAGAGUUCCAACAACAAUGGGAAAUAGAAGAAAAAAUACUUGAUAGGCAGCGAGAACUUCUUGAAGAAUUGCAAAGGAGAAGCGAACAACCACGUAAGAGGAAAUCCAUACAUAGAGAUCAUCAUGCAGCGCAUGAGAGACUCAUGGCCGACUACUUUGCCGAGUCAUGCACUUACACUGACGCCCAGUUCCGACGCAGGUAUCGAAUGAAAAGGCCUCUCUUUCUACGAAUUGUGGACUCUAUAUCAAAUUACGACGAUUACUUCACACAAUGGCGCAAUAAUGCGGGCAAGCUUGGGUUAACGCCUAUCCAGAAGUGUACGGGUGCCAUACGCAUGCUCGCAUAUGGAGUCGCAGCCGAUGCUUGUGAUGAGUACGUCAAGAUAGGAGAAUCCACUGCUAUCGAGUGUACUCGCAAGUUUUGCGAAGGGGUAAUAGCAUUGUUUCAAGAUGAAUACUUACGACGACCAAAUGUGGAAGACUUGCAGAGGUUGCUCCAAGUUGGACAGGAACGUGGAUUCCCAGGGAUGAUUGGAAGUAUUGAUUGCAUGCACUGGCAGUGGAAAAAUUGUCCUAAGGCUUGGCAAGGGCAGUUUACUAGUGGACACAAGGGGACGGCAACAGUUAUCCUCGAGGCAGUUGCGUCAUAUAAUUUGUGGAUAUGGCAUGCUUUUUUAGGGCUUCCUGGUAGUUUGAAUGACAUAAAUGUACUAGAUAGGUCACCGGUUUUUGACGACAUUGAGUCGGGUGAAGCUCCACGGGUAAACUUCACCGUGAAUGGGCGGGAGUACAAUCUUGCAUACUAUCUUGCCGACGGAAUCUACCCUAAGUGGCCUGUCUUCGUGCAGUCAGUUCAAAUGCCCCAAGGCAACAAACAUCAAUUUUUUGCCAAACAACAAGAAUCAUGCAGGAAGGACGUGGAACGCGCAUUCGGGGUACUCUAA